UCCGGAAAUGACGUAAUGUUGUUAUUAUUCCAGGAAGAGGGCACGGGGAAAGCACUGAACUGCGUCAACAAUUGUUUCUCUAAUACAUUCGGAUUUCGGCUCUUUUUCAGUAUGUCAUCUUGCUACUGCUGAAUGAUUUAUGGCUCUGUUCCUGGACGGGAAUUUAUUAAGCAACAACAUGGACACAUCAAACUUUGCCCACGUCAUCUUCCAGAACGUGGGUAAGAGUUACCUGCCCCAUGCUGCACUGGAAUGUCACUACACCCUCACGCAGUUCAUCAAGCCUCAUCCGAAGGACUGGGUUGGCAUAUUCAAGGUUGGUUGGAGCACAGCGAGGGACUAUUACACAUUCUUGUGGUCACCUCUCCCUGAGAACUACGUGGAGGGCACCGCAGUCAACAGAACAGUGGUGUUUCAGGGAUACUAUGUGCCCAAUGACGAUGGCGAGUUCUACCAGUUCUGUUAUGUGACCCACAAAGGGGAGAUCCGUGGAGCGAGCACACCUUUCCUGUUUCGCGCCAACAGCCCUUCAGAGGACGAGCUGCUGACAGUGGAGGAUGAAUGCAACUCAGACAUCCUGGUGGUCACAACUAAGGCUGGCUUCCUCGAGCAAAAGAUGGAAGAAGCCCAAAGAGAGAAAGAUGAGCUGGUCAAAAACAUGGCUCUCCUGCAGGAGGAGAAGGAGCAGCUAGAAGCUGAGAAGGAGUGUCUGCAGAAGGAGUUUGAGCAAGAGAAAGAAACCUGUGCCCAGCUGAGGAGAGAGAAUCAAGAGGUUCAGAGUUCUUCCCGUGCCCUCCAAGAGGAGAAAGAGGAGGUGAAGAGGAGGCUAGAUGAGGCCACAGCCAGAGUUAUACAGCUUGAGGAGGAUUUGAUUGGAGUCACCCAGAAGGGUCUACAAAAGGAAACCGAGCUGGACAGUUUGAAGGACAGAGUCAAGAAACUUGCAGCAGAGAAGGAUGCGCUUGAAUGUCAUCUGAAGAACGAGAAAGAUGAGAAGGAACUAUACAAGAUUCACCUGAAAAACCGAGAGCUGGAGAACACCAAGCUGAGUGCAGAGCUGCAGAUGCUGAAGUCUGUGGAUGUGAACAAGGAAAACACCAUUGCCCAGUUUAAAGAGGAGGUGGGACGUUUACAGACAUGCCUCACCGAAAAGGAGAAGCAGCACAGAGAGAUCCUGGCCAAAGUUCCCCCCUUGGGAGAUAUAAAGGCCCUGAAAGAGCAGCUGCGGCAGAAGGAGGAGCAGCUCCAAGCCAACCAGCAGCAGUCCUCCUUGUUAGCCGCCGAGCUGAGAGAUGCCUCCAGCACACGCGACCGUACCAUGUCGGAACUCUACCACAUGAAGCUGGAGGCCGAUGCACUACGCCAGGCCAAAGCUGAAGCUCAGGCCCAGUGUGCUCGCCUGGAACGCCUGGUAGAGCAGAUGAAGGCAGAGGCUAAGCAGGAAGCUGCCAAAGCAGAAGAAGAAGCGACUGCAGACCCAGCUGUUGUAGCAGAGGCGCAGAGAGAGGUGGAGGACCUGAAGCUGCGGCUGCACAUGGCAGCAGAACACUACAAGGAGAAAUACAAGGAAUGUCAGCGCCUGCAAAAGCAAGUGCUGAGACUCUCCGAACAGCAAGGGGACCCGAAAAGAUCCCUGGCUCAAGAGGCCACAAUGAUCCCUGCAUCAGGGAGUCCAGACACAUCAGUGCCAGGGAGUCCAGGUUCUGCUGAUCCCAUGCUGGAAGCCAUCAUCCAGGAGAAGCUCAAAGGCAUCAGCAGAGAGGCGUCUGACAGGAACGACAAGUACAGAAAAUGCAAGCAGAUGCUGGUGGAGGAAAAGGAACGUAGCUGCAUGUUCGCUGAUGAGCUGGCAAAGAUGGAGGUGAAAUUUAAGGAACAACUGAAGACCAACGACAACCUGAAACUGCAGUUGGCAGCAGAGGAAGAUCGCUACAAGAGCCAGGUAGCUGAGAAGGGACGGGAGCUGAAGGAGCUGAAGAACACACUGUCACUUGUUGUUAAGGACAAGGAAAAACUGGAGGGGGAUCUCCAGAAGGGCAGCAGCAGCAGGAAGGGGGAUCAAGGGCCCGAUGAGAAAACCAGUCCGGAUAUUACCCAAUCCGGUGUGCCUUUAUUCCUGCAGUACCCUGUCCCUUACACCCAGGAUGCCCCCACUCCUUUGCUGGUCUCUCAGAGCCCCAGCAAGCUGCAUUUUGGAAACCCUUACUCCAUGUCAGACUCUAAAGGUUGGUGUGCCUUUUUAAGAAAUAACAUGUCUCUGUUAUUUAAAGUUCUAGUAAAAACUGCGGACAUGACCAAGUUUAAUCCUCUCCCUGCAGAUGAGGAAGAUGAGGAGUUCUCAGAUGACCAGCUGCUGAGGCUGCCCCCUGUGGGCCCGCCUUCCUGGGACAGUAAUGUGGUGUGUAUACAACCCACACGCAACCCCAGCCGCCCAGAAGGCCACGAGGAGUCAGAGGAGAAGCAAAACAACAACAAUGGUAAUUCUAACGAACAGCCUGCAGCAACUGAAACACACAGCCCAUUUGUGAAUGAUGGACAAACUGCCUUCUGCUUUGAUCCCAGCAUGGACAUGAAGCGAUGUCCGCUCUGCGAGGUCAUCUUCCCGCCGAACUAUGACCAGAGCAAGUUCGAGGAGCACGUUGAGAGCCACUGGAAAAUCUGCCCCAUGUGCAGCGAGCAGUUCCCGCUGGACUGCGACCAGAAGGUGUUUGAGAAUCACGUGCUCACUCACUUUGACGGCCACCCGCUCAACUUCGAAUAAAGAAACAGAAAGAUCAGCACAUCCGAUCUGCCUACUUCCUGUCGCCACUGAAAUAAAUCACUCUGCACUCUUUUCUGCAUGUAAUGGUGUGAAGAUCCAGUCUUUAGGACUAAACCGACUUUCGCUUUGUUACUUCAACUUAGAGAAACACUUUGAAGUGAUGUGACAUUAUAAAAAAAAGAUCAAAUUGGUUAUAUGGGGCAGGUCUUCUGAAGCAGUCUGCGGAUCUGAACUUUUUUAUCAUAGGUGAAAGGUUUCCCUUAAUUGGUUUUGAAGAAUAUUUUGGGUGGGUAACUGUUGUAAGAAUACUUACUGACUUUAAAUUGACGCAGCUCUGUUAUACUCCAGGAUGUAAUGAAUCAGGGAAAGAGAUAAGUGUUUACCAAACUUACAUUCAAGACAUCCAACCAAAUAGUUCCCCUCUCAAACAACACUGUACAAGUCAUUCGCUCAUUCUUUCUAGAAAGCAGCCUUGGUGCACUGUAUGCAGUCAGGGAGAAUCUUCAGUGAUUAUACAGUAUAUCAUCAGAUCAUCUAUUUUAGAAUAAUUAAAGCCAAUGAUAUUGUGAAAGCCUUGAUUGUUUGUGUAUGAUAUAGGUUUGUGUUCUGUUAGGUUUCCUUUCUUUUGAUUAUUUAAUUGAAUUUUUAUGUCUUUUAAGAACCUCCAUAUCAUCAGCUAAUCAGUGCAUGCUGAGCUUCUGUUAAUUUCCCUUCUUUUUGUUCCUCUCUUCCAAUGCACUAAGUUAUUUUACUCAUAGAAACGUCUCAUUUGUUAAGCGAGUUCCAUGUACCUAAUAUGAACUAAUAAAGUCUGUUUGAAGCCGA